GAAAACAAGAAUUUUUCUUUUUUCUUUUUUAUAGCAGUGCCUUUGUUCACUUUUAAAUAGUAUCUAUCGUAACAUUGAUGGCAUUUUCUCCUGAACCAACCAUGCCAGAAAAUAAUCCCAUUGAUUUCCGUGCCCCGCCGCCAUCUCCGAUUGCCUCUGGCCGGAGAUCUUCUGUUGCUAAUGAUGAUGUGCUCACUGAAUUUCUUGAGCACUCACUCCGUGUCCCUGAUUUAGUGUUGCCUGACAAGAUAUUCCCUAGACAAAAGAUUCUUGAAACACCUCCAAGAAUUGAUUUCCAAUCUUUGAAUUCUGCUACUGACAGUGAUUCAAUUCCCAAGAUUCUGGAUUCCCUGUCAAGAAUUGGGUGCUUUCAACUCGUAAAUUAUGGAGUUCCAAGUGACUUUGCAAGAAUGGUGCUGGCAAUGGCUGCUGGAAUAUUUAGCGUGCCGCCGGAGAAAAGGGCGGCUGUGACAAGGUCCCCGGAAAAGCUUUACGGGUUUGAGGAAGUACAUGGUGAGGAGGAGAGUGAAGUGAGUGAAGAGUUUUUGUGGUGUAGAGAUAAGAACUUGAGGUUGGAUAUGGAGGGAAUAUGGCCAUCAGGAUAUUCAAAUUUCAGUAAUAAAAUGGAAGCUCUUGUAUCAGAAAUGGAAAAUGUAGCAGAGAAAUUACUGCAAGUUCUCCAAGAGAAUUCUCAUCUAAAGGCGAUGUAUGGAAGUGAAGCAAUGGAGGGGCAGGAUGGUGUUGGGUCAGUAUGUUAUCUUUACAAGCAUAAGCGUAAAGUUGCAGGGGAUGGAUGGGCUAAGUCCUGGGGAUAUGAUGUGAUAAGAAUGCUGAUAAGAGGAACCGAUUACUCCCAUGCGUUGUGCUUGCAUUUGCAUACAUGUGAUGAGUCUACAGAAUUUCAUGUUUACUCCAAGAAAGGUUGGGUGUCUUUCUGCCCCGAUAAAGAUGCAAUCAUUGUCACAGUUGGAGAUCAAACACAGACUUUAAGUGGUGGCCAAUACAAACAUGUGCUAGGAAGGCCAAUAUUCAAAAGUGAGCAAGAGGAUUAUAUUUCAAUGGGUUUUCUCUACUCUCCUCCAAGCAGGAAAGCUGUCACUGCCCCUGCCAAAUCAGAAAAGGGAAAGACUAUUUCCCUUGGCCAACAAGUUAUAGUGGCAAUAGUUUUGACUCUACUAUACCAUUUUUUGGUUUGUAUCUAUAAGAAAAUUUGAUGUUAUCGAGAUUAGUUUACCAAGAAAAUAAUAUAUACAUACUGGGAUUCAGCAUUGUAAUACCCCGGAAAUUUUCUUUAAUAAUAAUUAAUAAUUAGUUUUUAUUUAAA